AUGUUGCUCGAAGAUCAGAGAUUUAUCCACGAGGAUCUGGAGCGCCUCGAGCAGGCUAUCGCUGAUCGCGUGGCGGAGGAACCGCGAAAUAUCCGCGAUCGGCUCGCUCGCGACCAUGAAGUUGCUCAAUUCCUAGAACGGAUCGAAGAGCAAUCAAAGCGACUCCUGGAAAUCUACAAGGAUGCCGAUGGGCUGCGGGAGAAAGAAGUGCAGUCAAUCGCGACUGGCGAGCAGUUCGACGAGUUUUACAAGCAGCUCGGUGAAAUCAAAGAACAUCACAAGCGUUACCCGAACGAACCUGUCGAAAAUCUUGAACAGGCAUACAAGCGCCAUCACCCAGGCGAAGGAGAGCACCACAUCAGUGAGAUCGAUAAGAUGUUUACUGGUGAGGAAGGAUUCGGACAAUACCUGGACCUCACAGCUUUGCAUGAACAGUACCUGAACCUUCCUGGCGUCAAGCGUGUGGCAUAUGUCCAAUAUCUCGACGUGUUCGACUCUUUCACACCCCCAGCCAUGUCUAUCAAGCGAAAAGACAAGGUUUCCGAUCGUUACUUUAGCUACGUUGGUGAGCUCGCAAGCUAUCUCGAAGGGUUCGUCAAGAAGGUUCGCCCUCUGGAGGACACUGACAAACUUUUUGCCACCUGCAACGAUGAAUUUGAACAGCAGUGGGCAGCCAAGCAAGUUCCCGGUUGGACAGAAGAAACAAGCAAGAGUGGAACCUCUGGUCCGAAAACCGAAGGAACUGGCGAGGGUACUUGGUGUCCAGACUGCGAGAAAGAAUUCAAAAACGACAACGUUUAUCGCAACCACUUGACGGGCAAGAAACACAUUCGUGCCGCUGAGGCUCGAAAGACAACUGGCACAUCCGGCGAGAAGCCAUCCGCAGUCUCGGCCCAUCACCUAAAGGAGCGUGAGGUUGCACGCCGAGAGCAUGUCGUUCGGAGCUUGACGGCCGUCCUCAAGGGAGAGCGCCAGGCCUCAAGAAUCAACGUCGAACGCCGACAGGGUAUGACAGAGCGUGAGCGUCAACAGGAGCUGGAUGCUCUGAUGGCAGGCCCGGAGAACCUUGGCCCCGAGGGUCCAGCCGGUGAAGAGUCGGAGGAUGAGGAUGAAGAGAAGAUCUACAACCCGCUCAAGCUACCCCUCGCCUGGGACGGAAAGCCAAUUCCCUAUUGGCUGUACAAACUCCACGGAUUGGGUGUUGAAUACAACUGUGAGAUCUGUGGUAACUACACGUACAUGGGCCGCCGAGCAUUCGACAAGCAUUUCUCUGAAUCAAUGCACAUCUACGGGUUGAAAUGUCUCGGUAUCACAACGAACACCAGCCUUUUCCGCGAGAUCACAAGUAUCACCCAAGCCAUGGCGCUUUGGGAGCAACUUGAGAAGGACCGAAAGAAGGAUCGUGAUACUCGUGAGAAUGUCGUUCAGAUGGAGGACGCAGAGGGUAAUGUCAUGCCCGAACGGAUCUACUUGGACCUGCAAAAGCAAGGUAUUCUCUGA